AUUCUGCUGAAUCACUGUUAUUAUGUCGUUAUCUGCCUCAACUCAACCACACUGUAUUAUUUAAUCUAAUGCAAUUCAGAUCAAUGAAAGUUUUUGAAUAGUAACAGUAGAAAGUAGGGUUAUAUUCCGAAAAAUCAAAAUUCCAGUGAAAUGUCAGCAAUCACCGAAAAUCAGGAAAAAUGUGGCUGGAUUAAGUUUUCCGAAAACAAACUCAUUUCCCUCGAGAAGAAAAUCUUUGAAGUCUUGCAGACAGCGUACAAAGGCUGGCAUGUCCUAAUCGACCACAAACCAAACGUUAAAGCGAAAAUAUGGACAAUCGCCAUGAACACAGAAUCAAAAAACACCCCUCUAGUCCUCCUCCACGGCUUUGGGGCCGGCGUUGGCUUCUGGUGUUUGAACUUGGAUUCUCUGGCAGCUAAUCGACCAGUUUACGCCAUCGACAUUUUAGGUUUUGGCCGAUCAUCACGACCAGAAUUCAGCAAUGACGGCCUAGAAGCUGAACAAGAAUUCAUCGAGUCGAUUGAAAAGUGGCGGAAAGAAGUCAAAUUAGAGCAGUUUAUUUUGCUGGGGCACAGCUUGGGCGGCUACUUGGCCACUAGUUACACAAUUUCGUAUCCAAACCAAGUCAAGCAUUUGAUCCUAGCUGACCCUUGGGGCUUUGUCGAGAGGCCUUCGGAUUUUAACCCUCCGCUCUGGAUGAAGACUUUGGGCAUUGUUUUGUACCCCUUUACCGCAUUCAACCCUCUAGCGACCGUUAGAGCGGCCGGGCCUUUUGGCCCUUGGAUCGUGAAAAAGAUGCGGUCAGACAUAUCGCACAAAUACGCCGGUCGUUUGGAAAAUCACGAGAUUAUAACUGAUUACAUUUAUCAGUGCAACUCACAAAAACCAACGGGAGAGACAGCGUUUCAUAAGAUGAUCAAAGGCUUUGGUUGGGCUAAAAACCCGAUGCUCAACAGAAUACAUAAACUAGAUAACAGAGUGCCGAUCACAAUAAUGAAUGGGUCCCACUCUUGGAUGGAUAAGACAGUUGGGAAAAAACUUAGAGAGAUGAGGCAAAAUUCGUACGUCAGAUUGGAAGUUAUUAAGGAUGCUGGUCAUCAUGUACAUGCGGACAAUCCUGAGUCUUUUAAUGAGAUUGUAGUUGAUGUUUGUAACUUUGCCGAGUCUAAUAAGUCAAAUGUACUAGUAAUACCUGAAAAUGAGAGCAUACAAGAGGAGGAACAAGAGGUUGUAACAGAGACACAGAUCGCCACAUCGUAGUAUUUCUUCCCCUAAAUAAGGCCUACAAUAAGACUAGAAACCUAUACUUGAGAACAAUUUUGCAGUAUUUUAUACCAAUAGAAAUGUAACAAAGUGAUGAACCAAGAGCAAUAAAUAAUUACCGGUUA